AUUUGUAGAAAUUAACCCUAGAUCUUAUUCUAAUCAGGAGGAAUCCAAUUAUAGAUGAGAUCAGAGUGGGUUUCUCCAUCACCGGUUACUAUGGUUGUGAAUUGGCUCGCCGGGAAACGCAGCAAUCCGAUACAUGGUUUCGAAAAAGCGAUAGACCGGCUAAACAAGGGGCUUGAGCUCAUUGAACAAAAGGAGAAAUAUUGCCUUGAGAAGGCUUCCAUGGAAUUUGAGAUGGCAAAAGAACAUUACGGGACUAAUAACAAAAAUCGUGCUUUAAACUGUAUUAAAAGGAAGCUGAUAAUGGAGGAAUCAGCUCGACGUUAUGUGCCUUUGCGCCUGGCUUUACGUGAAGAAUUGAUGUUAACGGAAUUUAUGAAGAACGAGUUUAUUUCGGCUGAACGUCUGAAGAAGAAGAAGAAACUGAUUGAAGAGUUGCGUUUGGAGCCAAUGCUUAUCUGCCUGCUGUGACAACAAAGAAGAUUUUGUAUAUUCCUCCUUUGUUGUUAUGUAAUGAAUUAUGAAUGGACACACCAGUAUGCUUAAGACAAGAACUAUUUAUUAUUAGUCUUUUUGGUGUGAGCCGAAAAAGAAGAACAUGUUAAAAAGAUAUGAAUUCUCUAAAAUCUUUGAGGUACAGUAGCAUUAGAGAAGCUUUAACUCAUCAAAACCCAAUAAAGUUUUCAUUUUUAU